UCAUGUAGAAAUUGCUAGAAGCUGACCGAAUGCAUGUUUAAACUGAAUCCCAAACAAAUGGUAUUAUAAUUUCUUGGAUCAACUCUAUCUAAAAGCAUCACACCGAUAAUCCAUUUUUUCAUCACAGUUGUUGUUCUUUGAAUUUGUUUACCUUCAGCGUCUUCACGUGUCUUUAAUUGUAUUCUAAAUAAAUUAACAACAUUUUCAUAAAAAUCUCAAGAUGGAUAUUGGUGCAUCAGAAGAAAUUAUGUUUAAACAAUCGGGAGAUGAAAUGACUGAGAAAAUCGGAGACGAGGAUGUUCUUUCUAGUCCCAUCGAUGUAACUGAUGCUAAGGAUGGUGGAGUGCUUAAGGAAAUUAUCAAAGCUGGUUCAGGUUGGGAAACUCCGGCUGCCGGUGACAAAGUUUUCGUCCAUUAUGUCGGAAAACUUGAAGAUGGAACCGUGUUCGAUUCCUCUCGCGAUCGUGGCUCUACUUUCUCUUUCACUCUGGGUCAAGGUCAAGUUAUUAAGGGUUGGGAUCUUGCAGUAGCUAGCAUGAAAGCUGGUGAAUUGUGUCAAGUAACCAUUCGAUCAGAGUAUGGUUAUGGUGCUACCGGUAGUCCACCAAAGAUUCCUCCAAACGCCACUCUUAUUUUUGAAAUUGAGCUGUUUGAUUGGAAAAUGGUUGAUUGUACCAAGAAAACUGACGGUGGAGUUAGAAAACGAACCAUAGUUCAAGGAUCCGGUUAUUCUACUCCCAAUGAUGGUGCUACCAUUCAAGCUCACAUUGUUGGUAAAUUCAACAAUAAGGUAUUCGACGAAAGAGACAUUACUUUUUGCCAUGGAGAGGCUUCUGAGUCCAACAUUGUUGAAGGUCUUGAUUUAGGAAUCGGCAAAAUGAAAAGCGGAGAGAAGGCUUUGAUAUACAUCCGUUCAGAUUAUGCAUGGGGACCAAAUCCUCCUGCAGAGUUUAAUUUACCAGCUGAUUAUAAUGAAGUCAUUUAUGAAGUUACACUCAACAGCUUCGAAAAGGAAAAAGAGACCUGGGAAAUGUCCGAAGAGGAAAGAUUAGAGCACGCUAAACUUGCUAAAGACAAAGGUUCUAACUAUUUCAAACAAAAUAAAUUUCAACUCUCUCUUAAACAGUAUAAAAAAAUUCCAACUUUGAUUGGUCCAUAUCGCAAGGAUGGUCUAAAGGAUGAUAUGGAAGAGGAAGAUAUGGAGGAAGAAAAAAGUGAUGUUAAGGUUGAUGAAAAGGAGAAAAAUAGUGUUCUUCUAGCUGGUCACUUAAAUUUGGCCAUGGUUUACCUAAAACUCGAACAAUAUCAUGAUGUCCUUAAAAACUGUGACUCUGCAUUGGAAAUCGAUCCUAACAAUUGUAAAGGACUGUUCCGAAGAGGAUCUGCCUUUUCUGCUAUCCAAGAAUACGAGAAAGCUAUCGAAGACUUCGAAAAGCUUUUACAAUUAGAGCCUGAAAAUAAAGCAGCUAAAAACCAACUUAUCAAAGCUCGACAUGGUCUCAAGACUCAAAAAGAAAAAGAAAAGGCAAUGUUCAAGACGAUGAUCUCCAAAUACCUUGCUACUUCCUCUGAGGAAAGCAAAGCACCUUCCUAUGAUGGUCCAAUCGAUGAAGUUCAAUUUACCCCUGAUCAAAUUAUUGAUGCCCAACACACUGUUCAAGAAGUUAAUUAAACUUGAAAAACAACUGGAUUGUUUUUUCAUUUUUUUCAUUUUCAAUCCUUUGUUGCACCAUACUAUGUCAUGAAAAACACUAAUUGUCUAAAUCCAUUUAUUUAAGAAACUUUUUUUUACUUGGUUGAGAACAUAAAUAGAAAAAAUUAAUUUAA